AUGGCAUCACCAAUACGAUCACGAUCAUCAUCAGCGUCAUCAUCAGCGUCGUUCGUUUCGGCUGCAAGCGGCAUGUGGGAAGACGUGUCAGAUAUAUCAAUUAUGCAUUCAACAGCAGAACGUCCAUCGGCGUCCCAGAUGGAAAUGAGUAAGAAACGAAAAUGGGUUCGAGCACGUAGUGUUAAAAAGGUGGACGAUAUUGUAGACUUGAUUGGAGAAAAUUUAUUCGAAUAA